AUGGACAACGAUUUCGGAUACACUACACAACGUAAAUCACAAGGUAUUUGGGGAAAACCAAUCCUCACCUCUACUUCUACCCCAACCACUGGCAACGGUUUAGGUCCAGCUGUAACCCGUAGAUCUUGUAUGUUAUAUUGUUUUACUAGUACCCGAGAUAGUUAUCUAUCAUCAUCUGCUAAUCUAUUUAUAAUUUUUACAUUCUCUUUUAUAGUAUUUGGUUAA